AUGAAUAGGGCUAUAGCUGAAGGAACGUACAAUACUGAAACAAACUUAGCCAUGGAUCAAGGAGAAGUGAAUCCAGUCGAGUACAUGGAUUCUGAUCUGAUCGGAUUUCAUGGAAUAGUGCCAAGAUCAGCGGAAACAGCAGAGGCAAAUCAGCGAGCCAAGCGAUGGAGUUUCUGGGGCUAUCCAUGGGGCUGGGCACGUCCGUGGGCAUAUGGUUAUCCAUAUGGAUAUCCGUUUGGUUGGGGAGGUUUCUACGGCUAUGCUCCUUGGUUCAAGGCCAAGAAUUGA